GUUCAUGUGCCUUUCAGUGGGUGUGUUUCAUUUCCGUUCAUGUGCACUCGACAGAGAGCUCUUCGAGUGAUGUGCUGUGAUCGAGCAAUGCAUUCAUGCUUUAGCCCUAACACAUGGCAGACCCAAACGAGAAUUCUUCAAACACUUGGAGUUCGCAGCAAAAGCGACUAUUCCCAGAUCGGUGAGCUCACGACAGCUGCGAAACUUGAGGCGCGUGAGAUUGGGGCACCAGAGGGAGAUUAGAAUCAAGCGUCGUCGUCUAAGCUGACAGAUCGAUGAUCGCAUCCGAAAGCAACCUUCGUUACAUAGUCGAAUUGAAAGAAGAGGGAAGGGAUCGAAAGGAGUAGUUCGGAGGUGGCUUUGAGAACGAGAUGGUGGCGGCUCUGACCCUCCACCAGCAGCCACCGCCAGGCUGCAGCAGACGAGAGAGCAUUGGUGGUGGUCACCGGAGCUGAGAGACUGGAAAAUGUAGGCCAAGCACUCAUCGGGAAGCUUGGAGAUGUAUUCCGUACUGGAUUCGCUCGAUUGCAUCAGAGAGCGACUCUUUGAGCAGUGGUGGGGUUGAUUAGACGGUGGCUUGUCGGCGGCGAGAGCCUAUAGCUGGAGGAGGAUUGACCCAUCUAAACAUUACUUGCGUUUAUGAAGUAGGUUUGCCGGUUUGUGACACCGGUGGUGGAUUUGGGUGAGAUUUUUGUUUUUGGAUUUGCUGAUUUGAGAGGCCAAAUAUAAGAGAAAUGAGAGUUGAAAUGGGUUGUGACCUGGGAAUGAUGUAAUCAAAGAGGCAUCGUAUACAAUGGUGGAGUGGUGGUGCUGGUGGAUGAAUUGGGUGUGAUUUUUGUUGGUGGGCUUGGUGAAUUGAGAGUGAAAAUAUAAGAAAGGAGAGUUGAAUCGGCUCGUCCUCGCCGCAACCGUCACGACGCCGACCGAUUCUGUGUUUUGCCAGCAGUUUUUCCUAUCCAUGUGAAUGUUCUUGGUUGGUGGUAUUUCUGUUUAGAGGUGGAGCAUCGUGUAUGGGAGUAAUUAUCUUCUAAGUUAUUGAACCUGAUUUAACGUGGACAAAAACUAUUAUGCCCAGCAUGGAAGCUGAAAAUUCAAAUUCUCCCCGAGCUGAGGAAUUCAAACUUCUUGCCAACGAUGCAUUUAAAGCCCAUAAAUAUUCUCAAGCUAUUGAUCUAUAUACUCGAGCAAUUGAACUAAAUUGUCAAAAUGCUGUAUAUUGGGCAAAUCGUGCACUUGCUCACACAAAACUUGAGGAAUAUGGUAGCGCUAUCCAGGAUGCAUUAAAGGCCAUUGAAGUAGAUCCUAAUUAUUCAAAGGGUUAUUACAGGCGAGGUGCAGCAUAUCUCUCAAUGGGGAAGUUUAAAGAUGCACUAAAGGAUUUUCAACAGGUCAAGAGAAUCUGUCCAAAUGAUCCUGAUGCUGUUAAGAAAUUAAAGGAAUGUGAGAAAGCCGUAAUGAGGCUCAAAUUUGAAGAAGCAAUUGCUGUACCUGAAUCUGAAAGGCGUUCGGUGGCUGAUAUUAUUGAUUUUCGUUCUAUAGUUGUGGAGCCACAAUAUUCUGGUGCAAGAAUAGAGGAAGAUGUUGUAACUUUGGAUUUUGUGAAGAAAAUGAUGGAUGACUUUAAGAAUCAGAAAUGCUUACACAAACGAUAUGCAUUCCAGAUUGUCUUGCAAACAAGAGAAAUGCUGCGAGCCUUGCCUUCUCUUGUUGAUAUCAAUAUUCCUGAUGGAAAACACUUCACUGUUUGUGGUGAUGUUCAUGGUCAGUUCUAUGAUUUACUGAAUAUUUUUAAGCUCAAUGGGCUUCCCUCAGAAGAGAAUCCAUAUUUGUUUAAUGGUGAUUUUGUGGAUAGAGGAUCCUUUUCCGUUGAGAUCAUACUCACGCUUUUUGCAUUUAAAUGCAUGUGUCCAUCAGCCAUAUACCUCUCGCGAGGAAAUCAUGAGAGCAAGAGCAUGAACAAAAUUUAUGGUUUUGAGGGUGAGGUCAGAUCGAAGUUAAGCGAAAAAUUUGUUGAACUCUUUGCUGAAGUGUUCUGUUGCCUACCUUUGGCUCAUGUAUUAAAUGAGAAGGUUUUUGUGGUUCAUGGAGGUCUUUUCAGCAUUGAUGGGGUGAAGCUCUCUGACAUUAGAGCAAUUGAUCGUUUUUGUGAGCCCCCGGAGGAAGGGUUGAUGUGUGAAUUACUGUGGAGUGAUCCACAGCCUCAGCCUGGAAGAGGACCAAGCAAGCGGGGUGUAGGUCUCUCUUUUGGUGCAGACGUGACACAGAAAUUUUUGCAGGAAAACAACCUAGAUUUAGUUGUGCGAUCUCACGAAGUGAAGGAUGAAGGCUAUGAGAUUGAGCAUGAUGGUAAACUCAUUACUGUGUUUUCUGCUCCAAACUAUUGUGAUCAGAUGGGCAAUAAAGGUGCUUUUAUUCGUUUUGAAGCCCCGGAGCUGAAGCCAAACAUUGUUACAUUUUCAGCAGUGCCACACCCUGAUGUCAAGCCAAUGGCUUAUGCCAACAACUUUCUGCGAUUAUUCUCUUAACGGCACAUACUUGGGUUGAACCGCUAAAUAUGUCUGUAUUUUGCUGUACAUUUGCCUUACUGCCCAAGUUUCAAGUUGUUACAUAAGGUUGGAGAAGAGGCGUUUUAUGUUGAUAAAUGGUUCGGUUCCUUUUGUGUUUUGAGAGUUGGUAGACAUUUUUUUUUUUUUUUGACAA